UGGUUGCCCGCUGGUGGCUGGAGUGCCGCUCCCAGGCGGGGCGCGGGGCAGGAAGUGACGGAAGCACCGAGCGUCGCGGAGGCGGUGGGGAACGAUCGGCGGGAGCAGCAAUUGUGUGCCAGAAAUAUGGCUACGGACUGGCUCGGGAGCAUUGUGUCAAUUAAUUGUGGAGAAAGUUUGGGAGUCUACCAAGGACGAGUGUCUGCUGUGGAUCAGGUCAGCCAGACCAUUUCCCUGACACGGCCCUUCCAUAAUGGGGUCAAGUGCCUCGUGCCAGAAGUCACCUUCAGGGCAGGUGACAUUACUGAGCUGAAAAUUCUGGAGAUCCCAGGGCCAGGGGACAGCAGACAAUGUGGGGACCUGCAGCAGUCAGAAAUGGGUAUCCCUGGUGUUGGAUGCCAAGUGGGUCCCAGUCAGAAUGGCACUGGGAAAGUGUUAAAGAAGCCCAUCUCCAGCAGUGCCCCGCAGAAUAUCCCAAGAAGAACAGACAUGAAGAAUCAGGAUGUUACCAUCUCUCCACAGCAGCAGUGCUCCAAGAGCUACAUGGAUCGACAUGUGGAAACAUUAACUCAAUCCAAAGGCUUCCGUCGUAGACACAAUUCUUGGUCAUCCAGUAGCCGUCAUCCAAACCAAGUGACUCCAAAGAAGAGCGGCCUGAAGAAUGGGCAGAUGAAGAGCAAAGAUGAUGAGUGCUUUGGGGAUGACAUUGAUGAAAUCCUAGACACAGAUUUUGAUUUUGAAGGGAACCUGGCCCUUUUUGACAAGGCAGCCGUGUUUGAAGAGAUUGAAACUUAUGAGAGGAGGAGUGGCACUCGUUCCCGGGGGACCCCAAAUGAGAAACCAGCUCGCUAUCGGCAUGACGAGAACAUCUUGGAAUCAGAGCCCAUAGUCUACAGAAGGAUUGUUGUACCCCAGAACGCUAACAAAGAAUUUUGCACGGACUCCGGGCUGGUGGUUCCAAGCGUGUCUUAUGAGCUUCACAAAAAGCUGCUCUCGGUUGCUGAGAAGCAUGGGCUGACUCUGGAGCGGAGGCUGGAGAUGACGGGAGUGUGCGCGAGUCAGAUGGCCUUGAGCCUCCUUGGGGGACCCAACAGGUUGAACCCAAAGAACGUGCAUCAGCGGCCCACAGUAGCCCUGCUGUGUGGCCCCCACGUGAAAGGGGCCCAGGGGAUCAGCUGCGGACGGCACCUCUCCAACCACGACGUCCACGUCAUCCUUUUCCUACCCAACUUUGUCAAGAUGCUGGAAUCCAUCACCAACGAGCUGAACCUUUUCAGCAAGACACAAGGCCAGCAGGUAUCCAGCGUCAAAGAUCUCCCAGAUACCCCUGUUGACCUAGUGAUCAACUGCCUGGAUUGUCAUGAAAAUGCCUUUUUAAGAGAUCAGCCUUGGUACAAAGCGGUUGUGGACUGGGCCAACCAGAACCGGGCGCCCGUCCUCAGCAUAGACCCUCCGAUAAAUGAAAUGGAGCAGGGCAUUGAUGCCAAGUGGUCGCUGGCCUUGGGUCUGCCCCUGCCCCUGGGCGAGAGGGCAGGGCGCGUGUACCUCUGUGACAUUGGAAUUCCCCAGAAGGUCUUUCAAGAAGUGGGAAUAAACUACCACUCACCCUUCGGCUGCAAAUUUGUCAUCCCCCUGCACUCUACUUAGAGCCCAUCCAGCCACACGGCUCUGCAGGGAGAGAAGAGAGGAGGAGGAGGCGGCCUGUCAGAUAAGCUGUCCAGUGGAUCCUGACUAGUAAACUCAUGACGCCUUAAGGAUGUGAAGUUCUGGAGAGAUUUCCUUCCAAAAGAAAUGCUGUGUAUUUAAAAAAAAAAAAAAAAGAAUAAUCAGAAAAUGAAACAAAAAGAGAAGGAAGCGAAUAUUCCUGCAAAGCUAUUUUCAUUCUCUUGUGCCAUUGUACGGAGGAACACGCAGGAAAAUGGUGUCUGUCCCUGGUGAAGGCGACCGUUGCUGCCAGGCCCAGCUGGGAGGCUGUUUAAUGAGGGGGUGUACACGGAGGUGGUACAAGUGACAGGUGUUUUGGAGAUUUUGAGAAGUGUUUCUCAGCCCUUCUGGGCAGACAGACCCAGCAAGGGUGCCCUGGUGGGAACAGCACCCCUUGAUUUUGUAGAAAUACCUUCUGUUGCAGUUGUACCACGAGGGAGGAUUUGGUUUCAUUCUGUUGUUCUUUUUGACUCCCCUCUCCCCUGUUUUGUAUUCCUGAAGGCAGUUGUAGCUCACUCUCCCUCCUGGACCCUCCAGCCCCUCAAGGAGAGUGUUCCCUCUUUGGAAAGCUUACGUCAAGAGCUAGAAGCUCUCAGGUUGCACAUGCUCUGUGAACACCAAUGUCCUCAGCUAGGCCUUACUUGCGUAUAUACUCUCUUGGCUUUUUGGUUUUUUGCUUAGUGAAGCCCAGGUCUCUGGGAGCAGGGUAUGUUUUGGAGAAUGACUUUUCCAGGAUAGUUGGCUUGCUUUUUCUUUCUUUCUUACUUCUUUCUGGCACAGUAAGUGGCUGAAAGAGGGAAAGGAUAGUGAAACAGGGCAGCGUCACUCUGAUUUUGUUACGCAGUGUAUGGUGCAGUUGACAUUUGGGUGAGUUCCCCCAGUGCUUCCAGUAUCUCUCCUACACUCAGUGUGGUUUGGGAAGUAGGUCAUGGAUCCACUCGUUCCCUGGGGGCUUGAAGCCUUUGUAUAAGGUGGGCUUGUGUGUGUGCAUCUAUGUGCUGGGAACCAGAAUGAGGAAGGACUCGGGUCCUCAGCUUACAUGGUGCCUGCAGGAUAUGGUAUGGGGAGAGCUGCUGCCCUCCUGGAGGGGUACAGGAGAUUCUUGUCUAAAUUACUCUAGGGGAUCUUUCCCAGGCUGCUCUGCUAACUGGUCUUGUGCCACACUCACUUCCCAUGCGCUGCCAGGAAGCCUUAGGUUAUCUUUUCCUGUGCUUGUUUUGUUGACCUCACAGAGCCUUAGUGCAGUGCCUAGAGCAGAGGCAAGCUGAGGAACCAUCAGUUAGCUGGCUUCGGGAGUCCAUCAUGCUGGCUUUUUGUGUGCUUUCUGAAGGCUUUGCAGCUGGAGGCUGACCCAGGGAAGGGCUGAACCUGGAGUGAUGCAGGAGGUGCUGUAAGGUGAGCUGUUCCUUCAGAGGAACCGGGUGGAUGCAAGGCAGGGGCCCUUUUCUUGGCAAAGAGGGGUUCAGCUCCCUGCUUGCUCCUGAUGCUGUGAGUGUGGGCAGUGCUUGAAGGUCUUCUGGCACCUUAUCUGUCCCCAGAACUCCUGCAGGUACCUAAACCUUGCCCAGACACUCUUCUGGCAGCUGGGAAAGCUUCAGAGCUUCAGACAGUGCCUUUUCUCCAGGGGAGGCGGAUCUCUUCUGAGGCUGAAGCACUGGCGUAGCUGCUCUGUUGCUGUGCUCUACUAAGCAGGUAGCAAACCUACUGACCCACCUGUGCUCCGAGGGGUGAGGAUUAACAGAUCAGACACUUGUCUUUCACCUGCUUAGAACAAAGGCCAAGUGUAUCAAAGGAGGAGGGAAGAAACGUCCUCAGUUGAAAAGAAGCAAUUGAGUAAUUAAUACUGCCUGGAAGUGCAGAGUGAGGAGGGAGAACACAGCCCCUAAAGACAGGAGGCUGGUGAGGGGGCUUGCCUCUGCCGCUGCCCCAGGUCUCUUCCUCUGCCAAACUGCCUGCACCUUGCCGAAUCUACCUCAGCAGGAUGAAGGGCUUGGCCCCUCUUGGUGUCUGGACCCCUGGCUUUCCCCUGAGCUUCUUGCCCCACUGAGGGCUGGAUGACUGAACCAUGUCUGCUGGCGUAUGCCGGGUGGCUUUAGUGCUCGCACGGGGAGGCUCAGUGACUUGUCAGUGCUGUGACGGGGUGUAGCACUGCCCUUGAGCUGUUCCUCUCCUGUAGGAAGCCAAAGCACCUAUUCCUCAGGUGAACCAUGUUUCAGCUAGAACCACAGUGGCAUUUAACAGGCUGUGGUUCUGACGGCUGCACUGGGAAGGGGUAGCAAUGUGGUUAGUUAUUUAAAACACAAAUGUGAGGCUUCCCUCUGCCUUUCUUGGUUCUUUGGGUGUUUCUGCUUCAUCUAAUCUUUAGCCAGGCAGAGGAGCAGCAGCUGGGCUAAAAAGGUGGAUGACCGUCCCUUGGUUGUUGCUGUGGUACAGUGUUAGCUUUAGUCUCCUUAGUUUUCAUUUUCCUUGCUCAAUCACUUGAUAAGAGAACUUGCUGUUUCAAUUUCUGCUUUCUUUGAACCAGGCGGCAGGCUUUUCUCACCUCUUCUGCAUUUGGCUAUUAAACUGUAGAUUGUACACACUGAGCAGUAUCAGUCUAGAAAGACUGAAGGCUUCAUCACUGGGUCCUUUUCUGCCUCAACUAUGCUGUGCCACUGGCUGAAGUUACGUGCCCAGAAGGGCACUGAACCAGGUGAAAAUGUUUUUGCAGGGAUGGCAGCUGGGAUCAGCUCUGUACUUGCUGCUGCGCAGCUCCAGGAAGCACUAACGCCCUGUGUUGCCAGCAAUAGGGUUCCCCAUGUUUAAGAAAAAAAAACAAAACAAAAAAACAACCAACACGAACAGUAUUGCACAACAGGAGGUUGUGCCCCAUAUAAAGAAAAGGAUUCCUGAUCCCUACCUGUGCAGUGUUUAGGGCACAGCAGGCAGCUUUGGGCUGUGUUUUAGCACAGUUAAACUUUACAGUGUGCUCACUUUCUGGAGGUGAGAACAGAGUCAGGUAUUUGGCUGUACUUUCCCUCAGGUGCAAAAGGCUUACUUGAGGAAGUACUGGCCUCACCCAAAUGAAAUGCAUCUUAUGUGCAGGUGUGAGCUCUUCUGGAGCACUCAAGAGACCCAGAAAACAGGUCUGGGUCCCUCCUUUUCCCCCUUCCCCCAUGUUGCCAGAGUGAAUUCAAAGAAUGGAACACUUUGUCAGUGUUUGAGAUAAUUUCUACCCUAACCACCAUCAUGGGAACUGCUGGCAAGUGCUGCUCUCUUCACUAACAUGUGAAGAUGACUGCACUAUGUCACUACUUGAUAUUCCAUUUGUGACCUGAUGUUUGUAAUGACUAAUUCCUGCCGCUGCUGGGGGAUGCCCUGAAAUAAAGUGCAACUAUUCAUGUA